AUGGUCUAUGGCCAAACGACAACCGAGGUUCUUCAGCUUAAUGAAGAUUCCGUAUGGUACGGUGGGCCACAGGACCGUCUACCAAAGGCUGCCUUGCAAAAUCUUCCCGAGUUACGCCGAUUGAUUCGGGAAGGACGGCAAAAAGAGGCAGAGGCCCUAGUACGAGCCGCUUUUUUUGCAUACCCAUCAAGUCAACGUCAUUCUGAACCUCUUGGAACUUUACACCUCGAUUUCGACUACGGAUAUCAAGGCAUCGAUAUUCGUGAUUAUAGAAGAGAACUCGAUAUAUCACAAGCGAUUUCAAGGGUACAAUAUUCUUGUAAUGGUAUACAAUAUCAACGGGAGGCUAUUGCAUCGUACCCAGACCAGGUUAUCGGGAUCAACUUAUCAUCGUCCCAAAGUUCCAAAUAUACGAUCCGAUUGAACAGAGUAAGCGAACGAGAAUAUGAGACAAAUGAAUUCCUGGAUACGUUGACGACAAGGGACGGGAAGAUCAUUAUGCAUGCAACUCCUGGGGGCGGAGGAAGUCGGCUCUGCUGUGUCGUUUCUGCACGAUCCAAUGAUCCGGAUGGCCGUGUCCAGGUUCUCGGUAAUACACUAGUGGUUACUGGUAAAAGUUCUACCAUACUACUAGCUUCUCAGACAACAUUUCGUGUUGAAGAUCCUGAAUUGGCUGCUUUGGGUGAUAUAGAAAAAUGUGGUUCAUGGACUCAAAUUUUGGACCGUCAUUUGAAAGAUUAUAAAAACUUAUACGGACGAGUCUGUCUUAAACUUAGCUCUGAUGACAGCCACAUCCCCACAGACCUUCGCCUCCAGCGCAAACCAGAUCCUGGUCUUGUCGGUUUGUACCAUAAUUAUGGGCGGUAUCUCCUCAUAUCCUGCAGCCGCCCUGGAGACAAAGCCCUCCCAGCCACUCUACAGGGAAUAUGGAACCCUUCAUUUCAACCUCCGUGGGGCAGCAAAUACACCAUCAACAUUAACACCCAGAUGAACUAUUGGCCCGCGAAUAUCUCAAAUCUGCCAGAAUGUGAAACACCUCUGUUUGAGCUCCUUGAGCGAGUUCAGGUCAAUGGGGCGAGGACUGCGAAAGAAAUGUACGGCUGUAGGGGGUGGUGUGCCCAUCACAACACUGAUAUUUGGGCGGACACUAACCCUCAAGAUAAAUGGAUGCCGGCGACCUUAUGGCCACUCGGCGGCGCUUGGUUGUGCACCCAUAUCUGGGAAAGGUAUCUGUUUUUCGAAGAUAAAAGCUUCCUGCAAAGGUUAUUUCCAGUACUUGAGGGGUGUGUGCGGUUUCUACUCGAUUUCUUGAUCAAGGACGAUCAUGGAUUUUAUGUCACGAACCCAUCAUUGUCCCCAGAAAACACUUUCAAAAACCAAAGAGGGGAGGAGGGUGUUUUCUGCGAAGCCUCGACUAUGGAUAUUCAAAUCCUCACUGCUGUUUUUAAAGCGUACAUCACUUCAUGCCACAUUCUAGAGGGCUUGGGUACCGUUGAUAUGGCGGAGGUAAACAAAGCUCUUGCUGGUUUACCACCUGUGAUAGUUUCGUCAACAGGCCUGCUUCAGGAAUGGGGAAGGAAUGACUAUGAAGAGGUUGAACCAGGUCAUCGCCAUACUUCUCACCUCUGGGGACUUCACCCAGGAGAUUCUAUCACGCCAGCGUCAACACCAGAAUUUGCGGAAGCAGCAUCUGCGGUCUUGACUCGCCGGGCUGCUCAUGGCGGCGGCCAUACGGGCUGGUCGAGAGCCUGGUUAAUCAAUCUUCACGCCCGACUAGGCCAAGCAGAAAAAUCCAAGGAGCACAUUGAACUCUUAUUACGCAAAAGUACACUCCCAAAUUUGCUUGACGACCACCCUCCAUUUCAGAUCGAUGGAAAUUUUGGCGGGUCUGCCGGAAUCAUUGAAAUGAUUGUGCAGAGCCACGAAAUUGUGAACGGAGAAAGGGUCGUUAGGCUUCUGCCUGCAUGGCCUCUUGAAUGGGGGAAUGGAAGGGUUGAGGGGAUUCGGGUAAGAGGGGCCGCCGCAAUUACCUUCGAGUGGCGGGAUGGUAGAAUAGAAGGCCCGGUUUUAGUUGAAUCUGAAUUUGCUUCCAAUAAAUACAUCAUAGUUUCACCAAAUGGGUCAAAAGCCAAAAUUGAGGGUCAAGGGCAUCACGAAAUUGUUUUUAGUUAA